UGGGCGCGGCGUGGUAACUGUCUCCGAGCACGCUCAGUGCCCCUGGUGUCUUUCUCGUGUACCGACGGCCCCCGUGUCUUCCAAAUACCUGCCAGAAUGGCAGGUGGCGGGCGUCUUGCCUCAGAAGGUCGGUAUGGAUGGAGACUUUUCUGAAGCUGAAGACACCAGCAGCUCUUCAACAGAGUCUAGCCAUCACAACUACAAGGUAUUGGAAAGACGAAUCUACCGUCAUAACACAGCUCGAAGGCGGGGAAGACAUUUGAGAAACAAAGAAACUCGAUCUACGGAGGAUGCUCGGACGUGUUUGUUGAACCAGCAAGCUUUCGCUGGCAUAUUUGCUUCCAGAAACAUGGGUUUGAAAUCAGUAGACCGACCACCCACUCCGAGUCUGUUUGGGAAUCCUGCCAUGUCCCUGGUGAGCGUGCUCGGCGAUCCGUCAGUGAAUGUAGAACACUUUGUCCGUCCAGCAAGUUGCAGAGUGGGAAGCGUUGCAAACUUCUCACCGUGCCCUGUCAAGGCUGCCGCGGGCGCUUCGCGGGAGGAUCCAGACUUUGCUGGACUGCAUUCUUGAGGACGGGGAAGCUCGAAGGGAAUGCCGCGACAAAACAUGUCUGUCGGGGAAACGUGUUCAGGGAUUGCGCUCUUCGCGACUCGGAUGUACCCUCGCCGCGGACAAUAUUAGCUGCAUCACCGGAUCGGUCCCUUUUCUGCGUUCGCGUUCCCCACAAGCUCUACUCUUUCUCAA